AUGGAUGUAAUUAAUGGAACAAAUUCUAAAAAGUUUUUAAUGAUAAUUUACAAUAUGAGACAAAAUGUAAAACACACUCGAAUUCAAGAGGAAGAGGGUAUUCUAAACCAACCAAAACACCAAUGUGUUAGGGGUGCUUGUGCACGCUCUCGUGAAGGUGUCGUAUACAUGUGCUCACGCGUUGAUUGUAGGCACACAAAAAUCCAACCCUGCAAAGCAAAAGGGAUUGAUUUAGAUGAUGAAAACGGUGCUCGCCGUGCUUCGCCAUGGUCGGCGAAGUCGGAGCAAGACAACGAGAGGGAGAGACCGCUGAUUGCCUAA